AUGCCUAUCGACAUCAAACGCUACAACGACUUCGAUGCGUCCCAACUAGAAGCCAUCUGCCGUAUGCGAAAUAUUCCGAAGGACUCGUGGCUCGGCAUGGUCAUCGCACUUGCAAUCCAGGAUCAAAGUAUCGAGACCGAGCGAGCUGUUACAAAGGAGGCAGUGAAGGCCGAACAGCUUGCUCGUGAGGGUGUUGCUGCUGUGUCUCUUGAUGGUAAGCGUAGGGAAAAGUUGGACGGACCGGACGCUGAGCGUUCAAAGACAGCGUGA